AUGCUCCUCUCCGACUCCUUCGACGCCUGCUUCACCAGCCCGCUGGCGCGCUCCCGCCGCACCGCCGAGAUCAUCUGGCAGGGGCGUGACGAUGAUCUCAUCCCGGAUUCCGACCUCCGCGAGAUCGAUCUCUACUCUUUUCAGGGACUGCUGAAGCAUGAAGGGAAGGAGAGGUACGGGGUUCUCUACCGGCAGUGGCAAAAGAAUGCAGCCAACUUCAGCAUUGACGGCCACUACCCGGUGCAGGAGCUGUGGGGCCGUGCACAGAGCUGCUGGGAGAGGAUUUUAGCACACCAGGGCAAGUCGGUGCUUGUGGUUGCGCACAAUGCAGUGAAUCAGGCACUUGUUGCCACUUCUUUGGGACUUGGAGCAGAGUACUUUCGGAUUUUGCUCCAGAGCAAUUGCGGCGCCAGUGUGCUGGACUUCACCCCACAGACAAGUGGAGGCCCUCCUAGUGUUUGUCUUAACCGUCUAAAUCAGACCCCAAAUUCUCCUGUUGCUGGGGGGAGUUCUGCGGAAAGAAAGACAAGCAAGAGGAUCAUUCUGGCGUGUCAAGGGGCUACACAAAGCAGUUCUGAGAUUAGUUUAGGUGGAAUGGGAUAUGCGCCGCUGAACAUGCUUGGGACUAUACAGUCUCAGAAGACUGCAGAACUACUUCUGGAUUUGAAGGUCAACAGCAUUAUCUGUAGCCCGCAAGUUGCAGCUGUUGAUACUGCAACUGUUAUAUGUGAGGUCCAAGAGGCUGCAGAUUGCUUAGGUGCUGAUUGUGUGCCUCGUUACGUAGAAAUGAAGAAGUUGAUAGAACUUGAAAUUGAAGAUGCCUUUCAAGCAAAGCAGAAGAGCUUUGGGGAAAUAGUUCAGUCUGGUUGGGUGGGCGGCAUGGAAUACAAAUUACUGGAGCGACUAUGGGCUCAGUCCAAGGAUGCAUGGAAGGCACUGUUAAAUGAAUUAACAGAUGAUACAUCAGAACGUGUUCUUGUGGCCGUCGGUCAUCCUGCCAUUCACCUAGCUCUAAUCUGCCGGUGUCUUGAUUUGCCAAUGGAGUACAUGUCAUCUUUUCACCUGGAUGAUGGCAGCAUCUGUGUGAUCGAUUUCCCAGAUGGGCCGAAAGGAAGAGGCAUCAUCAGAUGCACAAACUACACAGCCCAUCUGGGAAGAUGCCCUUCGUCCUCCAGCAGCACUGCACUCUACAGGCUACUGCAACACCUCGAGCCGUCGCCUAAUAUGCUCCGUUCCAUAUGGUGCUACAGCUGUAAGCCUCUAAUGGAGUACUCAACGCCGCACCAGGUGUCCAGGUACCAGCAGCACGGUUACUCCGGCGACGGCCACUACACGGGCCGGCCAAGAAGCACAGCCGGCGGUGAGUCCGACGACGCCCUCCUCUUCCUUGCCGUGCCGGCAGGCUGGCUCAUCCGGCUGCUCGCCUUCCUCGGGGAGCUCGUCGCGUCUGCCAUCCUCAGCCUCGUCUUCCCCGUCGCCGCUCUCGUCGGCGUGCUGCGCGCCCUCCCUGCAGCGGUCGCGUCCAGCCUCCGGCGCGCGGCGCGAGGCCUGCUCGCCGCGGCGUGCACCUUCGCUGCACUUGUGGCCGCGCUGCUCGUGUCCGUGCUCCUCGGCUUCCUUCUUGUCCGGCACUGGGUCGAGGACCCGGUCACCGUGCGCCAGCAGCUCUUCUUCGACUACACGGAGGCGCAGCCCAGCGCCGCGGUGGUCCUUGACGGAGCUCGAGGCGCCGGCGCCGGCGCCGUUUUGCCGGCGGGUCACUCCGUCAGGGUGUCCAUGGCAUUGCUGUUUCCUGAUUCCUACCACAACCGUGAAGUUGGCAUGUUCCAGAUAAAAGCAGAGGCGGUCUCUGUAAGUGGAAUCACCAUGGCAUCGGCUACACAGCCAUACAUGCUGAGGUACAAGAGCACUCCUGUCCGGCUGGCGCAGUCUGCGCUGCUGUGCGUGCCACUCACUCUCGGCAUACGCAGCGAGACCCAGGCCGCAAGUCUCAAGGUGUUGCAGUACAGAGAAGGCCAUGGCCGGCAUAGGAGAACAGGGGUCAUCAGAGUCUUGCUGCAGCCAAGAGCUGCGACGGUGCAGCUGCCCCAGGUGUACAGAGCAGAGGUUGUUGUGCAGACUGCUCUUCCGUGGGCAAAGAGCCUGGCACGUGGCAUGAAGUGGACACUCUGCGUGUGGGUGUCUUCGUCUGUGCACAUUGCUCUCAUUGUUCUUGCUGUUUGUUGGGCCCGGCCUCUCGUGGUGUCCGCGAGGAAUAGGAGGCUGUCUGAGAUUCAGGCCGAUGGAAAGAUGGCUUCUGGUUUGGGUUCAGAAGAUAUUGGUGAAAGCUCAAGCAAGGAGGUGUCUGAAGAUUUUGCAGUGAAGUGA